AUGAUCUUCAGCAAGGCAGUUCUGGCCGCGGCGGCCAUGAUGGCUUCUUCAACCGUCUUCGCCAGGAGAUGCGGAACACCAGGCAUGACCCCCGACCAGGUGACCAGCUUUAACACGCUGGCCACCAAGGCCAUGACCAAGCUCACUGCGGUUAAGGCAAACUUCCAAAAGGCGGAACUCCAAGAUGUGGAUGAGAAGGUGAUCAAAGUCUAUGUUCACGUCUUGGCGAAUGGUACCAAGGUGGAAGAUGGGUAUCUUGAUGAAUCCCAAAUCCACGAGCAAAUCUCGGUCCUCAACGCCGACUUCAGCUCCGCCAAACUUUCCUUCAACCUGCAAAACAUUUCCUACACCAUCGACAAUGACUGGGCCAACGGCUUGGAAGAAUAUGCCUUCAAAUCGCAACUGCGCAGAGGCGACUACUCGGACCUGAACCUCUACUUCCCCUUAACCCUCCCCGAUUCCCUGCUCGGGUACUCGCACUUCCCCGUCUCCCUCACUGGAGAGCGGCAGGAUGCCACCAGCCCCAAAGACAUCUUCCUUCUCGAUGGCGUCGUCAUUCGCUCCGACACGUUGCCGUUUGGCAACUAUGCCCCCUACAACUUGGGCAGGACGGCCACCCACGAAACCGGGCAUUGGUUUGGUCUCGAUCAUACUUUUGGCGCGGGUGGGUGUGAGGGCAAAGGGGAUAUGAUUGCGGAUACUCCCUUUGAGGCGUCUCCGGCUUAUGGGUGCCCGGUUGGAAGGGAUAGUUGCCCGGAUCAGGAGGGCUUGGAUCCGAUCCAUAACUUUAUGGAUUAUUCUGAUGAUGGUUGUAUGGAGGAGUUUACCCCGUUGCAAAAGGCUUAUAUGCACAGUGCCUUUGAGACUUAUCGGCAGAAUGUUGCUGGGCCUUAG